AUGGAGUUUUGUCCUACGUGUGGGAACAUGCUGCGUUACGACCGUUCGAGAUUCUUCUGCUCGACAUGUCCGUACAUCGCCUGCAUUGAGAGACAGGUGGAGAUUAAGAAGAAGCAACUGUUGGUUAAGAAAUCCAUAGAAGCUGUUGUAACGAAAGAGGAUAUUCCAAAAGAAGCCGAAACCGAAGCUCCAUGCCCAAGAUGCGGCCACGACAAGGCAUACUUCAGGUCAAUGCAGAUUCGUUCAGCCGAUGAGCCAGAAUCAAGGUUUUAUAGAUGCUUGAAGUGCGAGCUAACUUGGCGCGAGGAAUGA